AUGUCGGAAGAAUUGUGCCUUCUACUGGGGAACAAGGAUAUCCCUGAAGAGAUCGUGGCGCCGUGGCGCGGGUACAGGGUCGCGAAGGCCGUCGAAGCAAUCGCUCACGCUGCCGCCUUGUCGGAAGAGGAGACGUGUGCGAUCCUCGAGGUUGUCACAGAGCUUGAAGGAGAAUGCCACAAGGUAUUUGAGGGAUGCUGUCAUCUACCAACAGACGGUGGCGCUUCUGGCCACCCCACACCAAGCCACACUUGGACGGAAGACCUGUACCUGUCGUACUGGCCCGAAGAUUCACGGCACUCCCUCCUUCGGAUGCGAGAUGCGAUUGGUGAGAGCGAUGUCAAGGCAUCCCGGCGCGACAAGGUCACUGACAACAUCACCAGCAUUUGGCUCGCACUGAAGGAAAGCACCAUUCCCGGUCUGAAAAGGUACCUCGAUACCAAACCUGACAAGAGAGCGGAGACCGGCAUGGACCUGGACAAGAAGCAGUCCAACCUGAUUGAGAGCAUUUGGGGGCUCUUCAGAAUGGAGAAUGGAAUCUUGCCGGGCGCUGAUUUGGGGACCUACGCGACUGAGAGCGAGCAAGCCCCCUGCGACUCGCUGGGAGCGACAUCCAGCCCCAUCAAGAGCUUCUGGGAUCCUGACUUUGCUGACAACACGCCUGCCGAAAAGCUUCAGCUUGCGGAGAGUCUCAUGAGCAAGAUCGACCUCUUCUACAAGAACAUCGAUAGCCUCGUCAACGAGGCACUUUCCUAG